CUUCUCGGGCCGCACGCCUGGCGACCUCAAGGACCGCUUCCGCACGUACUUUCCAGACGCGUACCACGAGCUGGUGAGUGGAGCGGCUGCGGCAGCUUGAGCAUGUGCGGUGAUGCUGAGAUUUCGCGCUGCAGUACCCCAAUGCGCGUACGCACACGAGCAAGGCCGUGCGCAGCAAGGCGCCCGACGGCACGAGCAUCUUCGAGAAGGGCAAGACGAAGGAGCGCCGGCCCUUCUCGGCGGCCGAGGACGAGGUGCUCAAGCGCGGCUACGAGGUGGUGCGUGUGCUGCGCGUUGGACCUCUGUGCAUCCUCAGCUGACCCAUCGAUGUUUGCAGCACGGCUCGCACUGGGCGGUGAUCGCGAAAGAGGCCGUCUUCGAGGGCCGGCGCAAGUCGACCGACCUGCGCGACCGCUUCCGCAACGCGUUUCCCGAGCUCUACGAGCAGGCCGGCUACAAGCCGCGUCAGAAGGGCCCAAAGAAGGAUCGGCGGCCGAGCCAGAGCGUCGCGCACGCGCCGGUUGCGCGCGAGGCGCUGGCACCGCUGAGCAGCGGCGGCAGCUCGAGCGCCGCAGGCACGGGCACCAACUGGAUGCAUGGCAUCUCUGCGGCACUCGCUGGCGUCGCCGCUACGGACGACGCUGCUGCCCCUGCACGCCCGCCGCCCUUCUCGGCGCCGAGCGACACCAGCGUCUCGGCGCACUCGCAGUGCACGAGCGGCGAGGUGAGCCAUUCGGAGACCAGCGACGGCGAGUUCAGUGACGCUGUGCCCUGGGAGCGCCCGGCAAGACAGGCGGCUCCACCCACGCAGCUUCAGCGGGAGUCGGCAGGUCGCAGGCAGGGAAGCCAAGGUGCGCCGCUCGUCUCUCCGAGGGAGGAGCUGCAACAGCAGCAGCUCCAGCAGCAGGCGCAGCAGCAAGAGCAGGCCAGUGCGCUCGACUUUCUGCGCGAGACCCACACCGAGUCAGCUGGGGGAGCCAGCGCAGGCGCUCCCUCGACUGCGCAGGCGUCGGGCGCGUCGCACGGCAGCCUCGGUCGUUCGAGCAGCCUCCACAAGGGCGAGCACGUACUGCGCCGCACGCAGAGCUCCAAGCGCGCGAACCCCAAGAUCAGCUCCUUCGACUGUCCGCCGGCCUCGACGCUGCAGCAUCAGCAGCGCACGCACACCUUCCACCACCAGCAACGCCUCUCCAAGCAGCACGGCACCACACCGCCAGCCGCGCGCAGCGUGUCGCGCGACAGGAGCACGGCUGCGCUCCUGGCGGCCCAGCAAGACGCAGCGCUCGGCGCAGAGGGCGCCCCGUCGCGGCCGCAGCUGGACCGCAGCCAGACGGCGGAUGUGGCGACGGGCAUGCCAUGGCAAGCCUCGCCGGAUGAUGCGUUCGCGGCGAUGGACCUGGACCAGCUCAGCCAGCUGGGCCAGAUGAUCAGCGAGCCGAGCGCCUCGCAGCUGCUUGACUCGCGCGCUGCAGCGAGCCAAGACCUGCUGGCAUCGAUGGACUCGCGCGACGUGAUGGACGUCGACUACGAGGCGGCGGCGCCGACGGCGGAGCGCAGCUAUGCGCCAGCUGGACGCACCGACGGCACGCCGGCGCGCGACAGCUUCGCAGCGCGUUCAGCUCAGCCGGAUCUCUCUUCGCUGCUCUCGGGGUCGCCAUUCGACUUUGCGUCUGGAAGCGGAAGCGCACGGCCUCUGGCAGUUGCCUCGUUCCAGGAUCUUCUCGAUCCCGUCGGCCCUCCGCAGUCGCCGUCGACGUGGGGCGCAUCCUUCACGCCCGUCAGCUCGGGCGCCUACACCUCGGACACCUCGGCAGCAGGCGUCGCGAGCAUGACGGAGCACAAUCACUGGGCCGGCGAUUUGCUCCACCGCGGCGGCGCCGCAGACGGUAUGCAGCAGCCUCCGCCGAGCUUCGUCAGCCUCGCCAACAUGCAGCUGCCCGGCGAGCGCUCGCUCUCCGCCGACUGGUCGCAGGCGAAGCGCACUAGCGCAGAUGGAGCUGCGCUCGACGCCAACUUCGCGCCUGGACAGGCGCAGCGCUCGUCCAGCGUCUCGGCGUCCAGUGAGCGCAGUCUGUCCUCGACGCCGUCCGUUCAUGAGCUCGUGAAUCGCUCGGCGCUGCUUGGCUCAGCGUCUGAGCGUGGCGCAUCCGACAUGCGCCCCGAGCUGACGGCGCGAGAGACGGCCGAGCGCAUUGCGAUGCAGGACGCGCACAUCUCGAUGAUGGCGACAGCAUACCGCCAGCCGUACUCCUACCCUGCCGACGAUCUGCACCUCACCAGCCUCGGCAGCCAGACGCUCUUUCCCAGCCUCGUCGAGAACACCUCCGCGCAUCGUCGCCGCCGCUCGACGGACACGCUGCGCCAGAACUUCAGCGCAGCGGAGAUGGCAGUGGCAUUCGAGCCGACGCCGCCGCUGUCGCAGGUGCAACAGCAAUGGAGCGCCGCCGCGGGCAGCGACCCGUCGCGCACUGGCCAUUACGGCGGUGUGGCAGCGUUCGGCGAGGCAUCGUCGCCGCGCAGCUCGGCCCGCGAGCGCGGACACGGCCGGCUGAGCGCCUUCGACGUCGCCGCCGCAUUCGCCCACAGCGGCCUUGCCAACGAGGCAUUCGGCGGCAGCAGCGAGCACAUCGCGUCAGGCGACCCGGCUUCCUACGCCGAAUCUCUUCCGGACCUGCCGCAGACGGGCAGCUACGCCGACCUCGGCUCGUUCGCCUCCAGCGGCGGCGCACCGAUGCUGCAGACAUCCUACGACGACCUGGACCUGCACGCCUUCCUGGCGCGCUCGCUCGGUGCAGCGGCGCCUGCACCCUUCAGUCCGCGAGCAUUCGCACUUUCUCUCGAGUCCGGCGGCGCCUGGAGCGGCGCUGCCGGCGCAGGAGCAAGCGGCGCAGACGCAGGUCGCAGCACCGGUGCUUCGGGCGCAGCCUUUGCCGACGUGCGUCCUCCUCUGCCUCCAAAAGCAUGGUCCGACUACGGCGGCGAGGCCCUGCUCGCUGGAAGCACCAACCCAGCGGGCGUCGCGCCGUCGCAGCCGCAGUCGGCUGCAGCAGCGCGACUCGAGACGACGUCGCUGCUCGAGCUCGACGCGGCGGCACGCUGGCCGUCCGCGGCGUCGGCAGCCGGCGGCGCCUUCGACCGCCUCGAGCACCUCUACCUCGAGGGCAUGCACACACCGCCGUCGCCGGCCGCGGCACACCUGCGAGCCGCCGCCACUGGCUUCAGCCACGCCGCCGGCACCAGCUGGUCGGCGCCGUGGGCUGCGUCCAGCCCACGUCUCUGGGCGGCGGAGACGGGCGAGGCGGCUGCGAGCCGCGACUCGGCGGGCCGUGGCAGGCCCUCGCACUCGGGCGGCGGCGUCUGAGGUCUGCGCCGCGGUGCCGUCUGCCCUGUACAUACUCUUCCCUCUGUCCCUUCCGUGUCGUGUGGUGGUGUAGCUUUACCUUCUAAUCACAUCGUGCUACCGUGCU